CACAUAGAACAUGUACAAUACACAAUGCGCGAUAAUAUAGUAUCUUCGUCUCCGAGAGAGAAAAAGUAGAAAUCGCGUACAAAAUAAUCUCUAAGUAUUAUUUGUCGAAGUUCAGAGGUCAGUUUCAACUUUUUCAUUUACUGCGAUCAAGUCUAUCCGAGAAUACAACACUUGAGUAAUGACAACACGAAUACAAUUCGCGGUCUUACUCGAUCUUUUCAAUUAGAUUUACGGAGAUUUUUAUUUGCAAAAAGUGCGUAACUCGUUGUAUGUUUCUCUAGACAUAAUUAACUCACAGCGACAUUAUAACAACAACGAGACAAUAAAUCAAACGACAACCUCGACAAAAUCGUCGUUAUCGCUCUUCUGUUCAUUAUUAUUAUUAUUAUUAUUAGACAGUGAUUUAUGUGCACGAGUCUUUCGAUAAGAUAACAACUGCAUGGCAUGUAUAACGCUCCUCUUUAGUCCCGCGUGAUGACUAGAGAGAUCGGAAAUCGUACAUAUGAAUCGCACGGAAUCUGGCGCCGAUCGUUUUCGUCGCAUUUUUUUACGUGAAUUUCGCGACCUAACGUUCAAGAUGACGCCGACGCUAACGAUCGGAGAAGUGGUCAUUUCGUUUCAAAGCCCAUUACUCGCGCCCGGAUGUUGGCAACUAACGCUUUGACGGAUCCCCCUCUUCAGAUCCGACACAAGGAUGCCGAGCGAGGUCAUGGCGGUAAAAGAAUGGUUCAGACGGCUACAGCCGGUGCAACUGUAUCUCGUGCUAUUCUUCACAACGACUUUCUUCGUGGUCGAGAUCGUCGCCAGUCAUGUGACGCACUCGCUCACUUUACUUCUCAACGCGUAUCACAUGCUCUGCAACAUCGUGGCGCUCGUUGGCUGCAUUGCCUCGAUCAAGUAUAGCUAUCGGGAAAAGUACAGCAGCAAAAGCAAUUCCGUGGAAAACUCGUCGAUCUGCAUUAACGCGGAAGAACAAGGUCCUCCAUUAUCGUUGAAAACAAAGCAAACAUGGUCCGACAAGAGAAAAAUACAUUUAAAAAAUACAUUCGGAUGGGCGAGAAUCGACAUAGUCACAAUGCUCGUUUGCUGCGUAUUCCUCGCUUCCUUUUGUUUCUCUCUGCUGGUCGAAGCGGUGCAGACGUUGGUGCACAUCGAUCACCUGGACGAGAUGCACCAUCCGAUGCCGGUGUUGUGCAUCGGCGCUUCCGGAAUUCUCGUCAACGUCUUGUGUUAUAUUUUAAUCGGAGGAUUCACGUUUAACCAGGGAGUCUUCGUGCAUGUCACGAAGAGUGGCGAUGUCAUUCUUUGCAGAAAUGUGAAUACCGAAGAAACAAAGAAUGGCGAGCAACGAUUGUCCGCACAGACCAGAAGAAGUCCACUGGCAAUACCGAAAAGUCAAGGCUUCAAAGAAAUAUGUCGGGACGUUCUCGGAUGCAUAUUCGUCAUACUGGUGUCGAUUUUAGUCAAUUUCACCGAUUCGGACGUGGCCAAGUACAUCGAUCCGCUUUUCGCUAUUAUCUCAUCAAUUUCGCUGUUUGUUCUCUGCUAUCCGUACAUGAAAGAAUCGGGAUUAAUUCUGCUUCAAACAAUUCCGAAUCACAUAAAUAUUGAUUCUCUCAAAAGAGAACUGUUGGAAGCUUUUCCGGGCAUUGUGAACGUACACGAUUUACAUGUCUGGCAAUUAGCCGGAGAAAAAAUUAUUUCGACGGCACACAUCAUUUUUCUAGACCCAAUAGUUUACGCCAGUAUCACUGACCAAGUCACCGCAUUCUUCGUGGAAAUGGGCAUCACGCAAGUGACUAUACAGCCAGAAUUUCACAAAAUGAACCCUAAUAUGGAGAAAACCGAUUGUCUGAUUCGGUGCCACGGGGAGCACUGCAGCAACUCUCAAUGUUGCUCGCGGGAGAAUUUCUUAGAGGACACGUGCAAGUCGAAGAACUCGCACACAAUUGGAAAGAAGUACGAGAAGAAAGAAGCGAUAUCGGCCGCGUAUGCAAUUAAUCUCGAAAAGUUUACCAUCUACGAAGAGAAGACGACGGAGAAAAUUAAAACCGAUCCGACACCGGAAACAUCGACGAAAGAAGGAGAGAGAAAAGAGAAAGACAAAAAAGUACAAACUAUCACAAGUGAUAAUAAUGAUAUCAGUUCCUGUAACAAAACUGUAGCAGUGGCAACUAAAACUGACGAUAUCAAUUUGGACCAAAGAGCCAUAUCUUAAUUUUUUUCGUAUUUUUAAUAAGUAUUCAUGUUUAACAUAUUCUCUAUAUAAAUGUGUUUAUUUCUAUUUGACUUGCAUCUCAAACGUCAAUGAAAGAAAGUUUUAAAUUAAAGAAAUUAUAAAAGAUGCAUAUAUUUCCCGCAAAAUGUUAAAAAAAAAGCCAUUCCUUAGAAUAUUAUAAUAACAGAGUUAACAUUCCGAUAUUACUGCGUCUAUGCAAAUUGUAAUAGAUACGUAAGGAUAUGUUCAACACGAGAAGACUGCAAGAUAGUAUUAAGUAUUUCAUUUUUUUUUUUUUGUCUGUGUUCGUACAACGCAUCUUGUCGAAUGAUUAAAGUCUUAAUUUGUUGAACUCGGACAGUACGUGUGCGACUAUCAGAUGAGCGAUAAUUUUCUUAAUUGCGUGUGAGACGGGAGAAGGAACUUCUUUGUCUUUUUAAUGUGACAGAGAGAAUAACACAAACGCGCGCGAUACAUAUAUUUGAUUAAUAUAUUAUUA